AUGAAGGAGGAAAGUGUACAGAGCAAUAUUGCAGCACAGGUUAUUAUUGAUAAGGAAGAGUAUUGAUAAGUUGCAAAUAAUGCUCUAAUACUCUAGACUAAUUUUGUAUUUAAAUACACAUACAAGUUAUGUAGGAUAUUUUACAAUGUAAAAGGGCAGUGGGUUACUGGUGUCUGUUUUACAUUAUAUAAUAUAGUCAAUUUAAGUAAGAAACAGGUUUAACAUUAUUUACAUAAAUUUUUAUGCAUGUUCUAAAAAGAGGUGCGCCAAAAUAGUCACACCCAAAUGUCCUAGAUCCUAGAAAAAAUACCUCCUACCAAAAUAUUGCUGGGUAAUGAUACAAGGGGACUCCUUAACUAUGACAACCAAAAAUUAAUUUUUUUACUUCAAAUUGUUACUAUUUUCUAACAUAAUACAUACUUCAAUUUAAUUAUUAGAGGCUAUAGUACUACAGAUUCAUCAACAACCAGCUGCCUCAACCAGCUCCGCGGCCAGAUUUUCGCCCACUAUUAUUAGGACCUAUAAGACUUCACCUGAAACAUAAUUUCAGUCAUAUUUAGUACCUCAACCACUUCCAGUACCCUUGCAACCUAUACUACCUCAGCUAGUUGAACCACCAGAACUUCAAAUUCAUCGACAUUACCCAGUGCUACACACAGAGUAAGUAUUGAUUGAAGCCCCACAGAAAGCAAUAACUCUUGAUCGAGGUAGAUAAAGAAAUAAUUUAAUAGCACCUUAUCAUCUAGGUAAAAGCAAAAAUUUUAAUAUUUAUUAUUUAUUUAUACAAAACACUUUAAAUAUAUUUGUUUAUUUGUACAUUAUCAAAUACCUAUUUUUAGGGAGGUGAUGAGGAUAUUGGGACAAUAAAAGAAGUCUGUGAUAUGAAUUGAUUGAGUGGUGUGGAUUUGUAUAGCAAACAGACAGUCUUUCAAUUUCAUAUAGAAGAUAAUAGUUUAAAGUUCAGACUGUUGGAGUAUAAAAGAGUGGAAUCUUAAUUUAUCAUAUAAAAAUGAAUAUGAAGUUUAUUACCCUUUCCUACUCCUCCAAUCAAAAUUUUAAACAGUUGUAACUCAUUAAUAGUAAAUCUGAUAUUAGUGUUGUAUAUUUGAAAAAUUUAGAAAAAUACUACGUGAAUUUGUAUUUAAAAGGAAAUGGGAUUCUAUUUGAAAAUCAAAGUAUAUAAUCAUUUAAGUAGUAGAGGUAAAAAAUUAAUUUUGCAUAAUAAAUAAAUAUUUGAUUCAUAAAAUACAUGAAUAACAUAUAUUAUCAACAAUGAGUGCAUGCAGACAUUUAUUUAUUUCUAACAUAUUUUAUUUAAAAUUAAAAUAAUUUCAACUAAAUUAGAUGUGAAUAUAUGAGAAAUCCAAUUAGUUUUGAGUGUUACUUAUUUUGGUAGUAUAUUUGUAGAAAAUAGAGAAAUUAUUGAUCUUUCUAAAUGCUUUGGUUGAUUUUGGACUGUAGAUAUAAAUUUAUAAAUUGAUUCUUAUUAAAAAAAAAAAUCAAACUAAUAAAUGCUUACAAGUUAUGGUUAUUAUUACUGUUAUUAGUUAAAACACAUUUAUUUAAUAAAAUAUAAAUUAAAUUUAUAAAUUUAUGUUCAUUAAAAUAUGUAAAGAAAAUCAACGACGUGUGCAGAGAUCACUGCGAGAAUGUGUGGAUGCUAUUGAUAGAAGAGGUCAAACAUGGUUAAAGGUCAAAACAUGAUUAAAGCAUGGGCAACAUUUUACCAUGACAUGGAAGAUAAAAUACCGAAAAUACCGACCGGUUAAACGAGAAACUAAUGUAACACUAGCGAAUAGCGACACAACAUAAUCCGUCAAUACUGACUGUGCGACUGCAGUGCUUUAAAGUUUUAUGUACAAAUUGUCGCGACGUUGAAAAACUGGCCAGUGAGCGAUCUAUAGUAUUUAUAAUCAAUGAUAAUAAGAAUAGAAUUUCGAAAGUAAGAUAGGCAAUAACAAAAUAAAUCGAACAAUUUCAGGAGCUAAGUAGGCAACAUAGGUACAAAAUUAAACGUUGAAUAGAAUUUUAAAAAUUGGUUGAACAAUUAAUUUUUAGGUGUUGGGUCAUUAUCAUGUUCUAAAGACAACGCCUUGUGGAGUUAGCCAUAUGUGUCUGUUUUUUUCUGAUUCUUUUGGUUGUUGGUAGGAUGUGCAGUCCACCAUUUCUUUUAUAUCAUGGAAAUAAUUUGUUCUAGGUAUUUCUCUUAGUCUUCGUCCCAUUGUUUUCCUUCAAAUAUAUUAUUAAGAAAAUCAUUGACGAAUAAAAUGUCUAAUAAAUUUGAUUUUCCUUUCCAUUAUGUUAAUCACUUGACUUCUUUUUUCCCCCAUUUUUUCUAGAACUCUCGUUUGAUUUUUGUUCUAUCUAAUUGGUCUUAAUCGUCUUUUUCCACAACCACAUCUCCAUUGCUUGCAGAUUGUUUUUAUCUUUCUACGUCAUUGUCCAUGUCUCACAACUAUAAUAUAAGGUACUCCAUACAAAAGUUCUAAUAAACUUUUUACGAGUUUCAAGUUUGAGGUGCCUAUUAUUUCUUAAGGAAAGCUUGUUUGGUGAAAGUUAUUCUUCUCUUUAUGUCCACUGCUGAUUGGUUUCUAUUCGUAAUUAAGCUUCCUAGAUAGGAAAAUUCAUUAACUUGCUGUAUCGGAUUGUUUCUUAAAUUGAUAUGUACCUCAUCAUUGUUAGGUGUUGGGUAGACAGCUAUUAAACGAGUAUUAUUUCAGUAGUUAAAUAGGCAACAUUAUUUACAAAUUUGGGAACCACUGGGCUUUCUUAUCAAAUAUUGUUAGUGGAAUGCAACGUGCGUAUAUCUGAUUACACCAAAUUUGAUUAAUUUGAUUAAAUUUAUCUAUGGUUGAAUACUUGAAUGUGUGGCUAUGGAUGUCAUCUAGUGGGUCAAUCUAGGGUCAUUGUGUAUUACUGUUCUGCUGGAUCUAUAGGUACUCUCCGUAAAGGAGAGUUUAAAUUUAAAAUUUUUCUACUAAAAAUGGUUGUAAUAUCCGUGUAAUUUUAUUAACUCGAUAGUCGAUUCUUCUAGUUAUUUUUUUUGUUUGUGAAUGUUUUAGGUAUUGUGCAUAUUAUUUUGCAUUGAUCCAUUAUACCGAUUGCGUAAUACCAUUUGUGCCUUGUGGCAAUAAUAGCUGAUAAGGUUUAUUAUUUAUUGACAAAAUUAACAUAAAUUAUUUUUUUAAUAGAAAUUUAGUUUAUUAUAAUACAUUGUAUUCUUCUUUGUGUUGGUAUUAUAACUUAUGAUAAUGAAGUGCUUUCAUAGUUUCAAUUUUGUAAGUUUUUAAUCAUUUAUUUUCAUAUUUAAUAAAUGUUUUCACUUUCACUUUGUUUUUAACUAGGUACCUAUCACACAAUAAAUAAUAUGGGAGACCAAAACCAUAAAUCAAACCCCGAACAUAGCUCAAUGCAAUCAAAGUAUUUAUGAACAUUUCAUUGUGAUGGAUAUAAUAAUUGUAUUUAUUUUUACUGAAUAUAUUUAUAUUUCAUAGUACAUAAUUUUAUGUUACAUUAGGAUGGAAGUCGAGCCAGGAUUGUUAAUUAUUAACGCUUACAUAAAUAAAUUGAGUCCAAAUUUGGAAAAAGCACAAUCGGAAAUCAAUGAAGUAGUGUAAGUACCUAGUUAAUUUAUCAGCAGACACAUAGAAAUCACAAAAAAAAACUUGUUAAAUUUUAUAUUACAUUACAUAUUUCAAAAAAACAUUAUUAAAUUAUCUACUUAAUAAUAUCAGAAAAUUAUGUUUCAUUUAAUAAAGAUCAAAAUCUAGAAUAUGUGUUGAAUAUUUAAAAUCUAUAAUAACUAUUCAAAUUUAAAAACUAAUAAAUACAUUGGUUAUUGUUUUAGUGAUAAACAAAAAUCUCUAAUUAGUGACAUGCUUAAUGAAAAUCAAGAGUUAUCUAAUUUGUUAAACGAAUCAGAAGUACAAAAUAUGGUAAAAUACAAUAAAUUAUAUUUGUUUAAAUAUUUUAGUUAACAAAAUAAUUAAUUUUUAGUUCGUAUCCAUCAAAUAUUGUCAUGGACAGUUGACUGAGUUGAAAAAAAAACUUAUGUGUUUACAUAAAAAAACUGUAGCAUUAGAAGUAAGAAUAUUAAUCAGCUUAAAUAGUUAUAUAAAAAAAGGAUUGGUAAUUAUCAGAUAAAUUAAAUAGGUUAAUUUUUAAUUAAUUAAAUGCAAGAAUCUAAAUGUAUAAAGUGUUAUUUUGUAAUACUACGUAUGGAAUCAAAAUGCUUUGUUUUUAUUAUUAGAAUAAAAAUAUAAAUUAUUAUUGUUUUGUAUAUAUUCUAAUACAUGUUAAAAUAUCAAAGUUUAGUUUUUUUUUUGUUAAGUAUAAGUUACCUAAAAAUAAUUUUUUUUUUUAAUUGUUAUUAAUGUAAUAAAGUUCUACACCUAUUGCCAUAGAUAUAGAUAAUACAUUGUGCAAAUAUUUAGUCAUUCUUAAAUGUAUCUGUGUUUCGAUUUCUUUACUACCAUAGAUAAUACAUGUAUUGUCUAUGUUUACUACCCUCAUUAUCAAUGUUAGGAUCAAUCAGGGGGCAAGAGUUUUGUAUCUGAUGUGAAAAGUAUUCAGAUAAGUCCUGUGCUGAUGAAAGUAUAAUUUAGUUUAAUAUUUUACCCUAAAUGGGCAAACCCUUCCAACUACGCAGAGCACUCAUUACUUAGGCAUUGUUAUUGAUCUCUAUUACUUGGUCUCCUCAUCUUCGCAACAAACUUCAAUCCUUAAACAACCGUUUUCGUUUCCUACGCUCCCUCCUAACUUCCAACCACAUACAGUUAUCAAUUAAGCUUCUAAUAUACAAACUUUAUCUCAAGCCAAUGUGGACUUACAAUUUGUUCUGCAAAAAUUUCUAACAUAAAUUGUAUUCAGCGCUUCCAAUCCAAAACCCUUCAUGCUAUUGCUAAAGUACCAUUCUAUGUUUCUAAUCAGUCCUUACAUAAUGCUUUUUAUACCUUGCCUAUACCUAAUUUAUAUAUACCUUGCUUUUUCACCCAUUUGAGAUGUAGCUUAAACUUUUUAUAGGUGAUUCAAUUUAAAUGUUCAAAACCACACCAAUCUCUUAAUCAAAGGACUAGCUUCUGUAAACUUACCUGGUAACCCCAGGAAAAGAUUAAAAAGAUGGUGGUGUCUGGACCUAUUAAUCUAGUCAAAAUUCCAAAUUGUACAUAAUAUUAUUUUAAACACAUGAAUCUAUAAAUAUAUGUAUACAAUUGUUUAAGUGUCUUUACUGGAAAGCUUCUUUAAUCAAUUUUUUUUCAAGCCUUAAAUUCAUUCAUCUCUUACUUAUUAUUCUAGAUAGUAACAGAUUGUAAAUUGUAUUAAACAAAAAUAAAAUAAAAUAAACAAGUUUAACAUUGUUAUUUUUGGUUUUGAAGUUAAUUCAAGUUAUUACAUUUUUAUUUUACCUAUUAUAAGUUCUUAGUAUUUGGGUGCCAUUACUAAUAAGUCAUAAUUAAUAAUUAAAUUAAUUAUAAUCCUAUUUUAUAAUUUACUGUUUAGAGAAGAGCUAAUUUAUUGCGUGUUGCCAAACAAAAAGAAGCCUUGCAAAGAGAACAUCUAAAAGAAUCAUUGUUAAUCCGGGAACAAGAACUUAUUUCGAAACAAAAUUAA